AUGACCGCGACGGCCGGCCGGUUGACCUCGUCGAGGGCCGAAGCAGCUAUCCGCAAGACGACGACAACCUUUGCCGCCGCGGCGCUGCUCUUCACUUCCCUGGUCUCGGCGCAACAGACGUUUCCUUACGCUCCGACGACAAUCUUGCUCUCCUCCUCCCUGCCGGGAUCGCCAGGCAACAGUAGCAACCAUGGCAUGGCAUACAUCUUUCACCAGGGUAGUUCCGGCGUCGAGCUGCUGUCCGUAAACGCCUCGGCCACCGUCGACGGCGCCGCGAGCCUGCAGACCAUAUCGACAAGCUUGCCAUUCCUCGACGAUGCGACCAAGACAACGGCUUUCCUCCCCACGAUGGCGGACAAUGGGACUAUUGUGGUUCAGGCGGGGGAUUGCAUGACGUCGGAAGGUUACGACAUCUGGACAUAUACCCCAGGAGGGUCUUUGACCACUUCGGGAUCCUGGUUCAAGACUCCGGCGACAUUACCAAGCAGUGCGGACUCUGACGCAGGUCCAUAUGCUCUCGGCGCAGGCAUCAGCUUCUCGUCGACCCUCGCGCCGACCAUGUCUGAGCCCUUGUUGUACUCAUUCGGCGGCAUGUGCCUAGCAUCGACGACGGACGAAUCUACGUGGCAAGGGAACGGGACAUACACGAAAGCCAUGUUGAGAGUGGCUCCUUCAGACUCUGUAGCUUCGGGAUACUCCGCCAGCUUCAUCUCCGGCAAGGGUCCAGCCUACGCUGAGGCCGGCUUCUCGUUCACGCCCCUGAGCCCUUCGAUUUCAAACCGGUCCGGAAUCGUCACGCAGCAGAACCGCUAUGUCUUACUCGGCGGUCACACUCAGCAGGCCUUUAUCAACAUGAGCUCCGCCGCCAUCUGGAACCUGCCAGAAGAGUCGUGGAACUUUGCGACUGUCAGCGCUACGCGCGUCGGAAGCAGCGAGCUAGCGGUCAAGGACAUCGAGAAGCGCGCGGGUGCGGAAGUCGAGAGCCGGUCUGGGCACACGGCGGUGCUGAACGAAGACGGCACCGCGCUCAUUAUCCUGGGCGGCUGGGUUGGCAGUGUAUCUCAGGCUGCCUCUCCGCAACUUGCACUUCUCAAGAUGGGUGAUACAUACGGAGACUGGACGUGGUCGAUUCCAUCCCAACAACCAGAUGGUGGGAUUUAUGGCCAUGGAGCAGCGAUUUUGCCUGGCAAUGUGAUGAUGGUUUACGGAGGAUACGAAAUUACGACUUCAGGAUCCAAGACGAAGAGGCAGUCGAGUGGGACCGGGCUCAGGUUUCUGAACAUGACUUCCAUGGCGUGGACUUCGAGCUAUACGAACCCAAAUCACGCGGCCUCGUCUACUGGGUCCGAUAGUUCCACUGGAAACGACAAUAUCAAGAAGAUUGGACUCGGUGUAGGCCUCGGCGUUGGGCUUGCUGCUAUCCUUGGCGCGUUCUUGGUUUACUUUUGUUACAAGAGACAUCUGAGGAAGAAGAAGGAGAUGAGAGAAGAGACUGUGCGCUCCCUUGCGCAGGAUGCGACGCGGUUCCUGCAUCCGGACGACGACAUGAUGGAGCGGGAUGGCGGAUCGGCGUACCCCUGGACGAGCCAUUCUUGGUACACGGGCGGUCACGACCCCUACGAGACGAUCGACAGAUCGCUCGGCUACGAAUCGCUCAGGACAGGCCAUGGUCCGGGCAACAAUCAAGGUGUAUAUCAACAGCAACCCGGCCUCCUCAUCCCCCGCAAACCCAUACCUCGCGCGGCAAGAGGCGCAUACCAACCAGCGGCGAACCUCACUACUCCGGGCCAUAUCCACCCGAUUUACGAAGCAGACGAAGAUGAUCCUGAACAUGCCAACCGAAGAAAAGACCAGGAGCCUGCGACGCCCACUACGCCGGGGCACGCCGACCCGUUCAUGACGCCGACGGCUUCCGUCCCAAUAUUAACACCGGGCAACCGCAAUUCCAUGACGCCCAGUCCGGAGGCUCUACUGCGGCGCAACACAGAGGUGCAAGACUGGCAGUCGGACAUUGACGCCACCGAAGCCCUCCUAGCUCGCAUGCCCUCGCGCCGCAACAGCCGCGUCUCCCCGACACGGCGCGCGUCGAUGCGUUCGGCUCGCUCCAUGGCGGAUGACGAGCGGACGGCCAGCAACGUCUCGGAGUCGGCGCGGAGCGCCAUCAGCGUGCCCACGCGCUCAGCGUCUGCGAGACGAAAUAGUACCGGGCCGAAUAACCUUACCAUCAUCACCGAUAACCGGGUGGGCACCUCGUCGUCAUCAAGCAGUAGCGGGCACACAUACUCCACCGCCAAAACCACAUUCAACGCCUUACAAGCUGAGGGUCCCUCGCUGCUCCUCCAGGGCCAGCGGCCACGCAACGACCACGAUGAUGACGAGGAGGACUUUGUGCACAUCCCAAGCAGUCCCAGCAAGCACAAGCCGCGCCGAUCACUCGGCUGGCUCGGCAGUCUCCGGCGCGUCUUCAGCAGCGGCGUCAACAACAACUCGUCAGAUUCAAGUGACCACGAGAGCCCGCGGCGUCUAUCCCUCGACCAAGUCAGCUCGGACUACGAGCCGAGGCUGGUCGGAUUAUCCGGCAUCGGGGGCGCCGAGCUCCUGCGCAGGAAGCAGGGCCGGCACGACUGGGAUAUCGAUCAGAAGUCGUUGGAUGAGUGGGAUAUCGAAAAGGCGAUUGAGCAGCGGCUGGUGCAGGUCAUGUUUACUGUGCCCAAGGAGAGGUUAAGAGUCGUAAACGCCGAGAUUGAGAAGGAGGAGGAGGCGAUUCUUGUGGAUCCGGAUAAGGAUGAGAUGGAAGGAUUGGACGGGUCCCAUGCGGAUUUGGAGAAGAGGGCGCUGGAGGAGGAGUAUAGGGAUAAAGGCAAGGGCAAGGAAAUCGCCCUCGAUGACGAAGAUCUGGAGUCCCACAGAGGGAUGUAUGCGCGGAGACCCGAGUCGCCGAGUACGGGGUCGCCGGUCCGCGGACGGAGGUUACUACACCUUCCCCCGCCAAAGGAUGAAGCCGGAGGAGGCGUGGGCAGCCACGACCAUGACCACGACCACGACCGUCCGCUGCCGAGCCGGGAAGACUCGGCGGAGCCCCGGCCGUCGCUGACGCUGCGCACGGCAGAGGUCGUGAGCGUAGCGAGGCCGCGGACGAGGGUGCUUAAGAUGGUGGAGAGCUUUGAGUCACGGAGCAGGGAGACCAGUCCGUCGCUCGGCUAG